AUGCAUCGCUUGCAUGAAAAGCAAAACGAUCACGCUUUACUCUACUACGAUCAGAAGGGUCUCCUUAGUGUCUCUGACUUCUGUCGAACCUCCGAGGCCGAUUCGAUCGACCGUUCACUCUGGGCCAUGCAUCAUCAUGUGUCCCCACCUCUGAGUCGGCAAAACGCUAUGUACUGCCUGGAACAAUUAGGUGCAAUUGCAUGUCGCCUUAUGCUCUCUGAGCUCUCCAUUCUUUCCUCCUCAACCUCCGGUUAUGGAACUGUCACUCGGCAGUGCCGUCCAUCUCUGGACUCUGCCGCCAAGAACCUUAACUCUCCUUCGCGCCACGUUGCCUGGAAGCGACCUGUUCAGGGGGUGAGGGAGAUGUGCGAUGUCUGCGAGACCACCAUGUUCAACUCCCACUGGGUCUGCACCAAGUGUGGUUACUCAGUUUGCUCCGCUUGCUACUACGCCAAAGCAGCCUCCCUUGCCAAAACCAAAGACAGUCCCGACCCUCUGGGAGAUGUCACUUCCAGUGUCACCUCUACAGUCCACGAAAGUGUAGUGGAGGAAGUGGGAGUCAAGAAUCUCUCACCCGCAGUAGUCCAGCUGAGCUUCGAGGACUACUCGGUGCGUCAGCCGUGGUCCACAUGUUCAGCCAGUCGACGACCCCAUGAUCCCAGCAAGAUGAUGCUUACUGCUUUGCUCCCCUUCGGCAGUCUGCAUUGUUUGUGGCAUCGCCUCCACAGAAUUGUGCCGCGCCUGGACUGUCCCUGCACUUGCCCUUCGGCUGGAGCUAGGACUACAAUUGAGGAUGUCGCCUCCCCAGCCUCCUCUACUGACACCUCGGCGGCCACCUCCCUUGACCUCCUUGCAGACCUCGCACUAAAGUCGACCACCUCAUCUGGUGGGUCUCUUGAAGAUAGCGGUGGUGCUGAAGAGGAGACAGUGGACGGCGAAAGUCGCGAGCUAAGCCAGAAGGCUGGCUCUCUGGGUGUGCUCUACCUGAAAGACGGUGAUCCGACCAAUUUCAAAGCCUUUCAGCAACACUGGGCCACCAACCAGCCGGUAGUGAUCUCCGGCUGUGGGAGGCACUUCAAUGCUUCGCUGUGGACCGCAAAAUCUCUCAGUCGCGAGAAUUCCUCGCCAGGAGCCGCCUCGCAAAUCGUGCUCAUUGACUGCGAAACCAACCUUAUUGUUCCUCGACAUCCGAUCCGGGCCUUCUGGGAGGCCUUCGAUGCCCAUCUAAAUAACUCCAAGCGUGCCUCAUCGACGAAGGAGACUACUAGGCCGCUGCAACACCUGAAGAUUCGUGAGUGGCCCCCCUUGGGUGACCUAGCGGAGGCGCACCCUGAUCGAUAUGCGGAUUUUACGGAGCACUUGCCUUUGCCGGAGUACACUCACCGCGAGGGUCAGCUCAAUCUAGCCGCUCGUCUACCCUCCUUCUUUGUGCGUCCUGAUCUUGGACCUCGUCUCCACAUCGCCCAAGACCUCACUUCUCAACCCAAGAUUGGUACGAUGAAUCUGCGAGUGGAUGUGACGGACGUAAUCAAUGUGUUGAUGACCGCAACCCGACAGAUGGAGCAGAUGUCGCCAAAGGGCGGAGAGGGUCAGUUGCGCGCCUUCCUUCGCACUGCCAGUGUUGAUGUUGCCGAGGUCUUUCUCACCAAAGAACAUACCAACGUGUCAUCGGCCCGAGGACUUCCCGGAGCAGUGUGGCACAUUUUCAAGCCGUGUGAUACGCCGGUGUUGCGAGAGUACUUAACCAAAGUACAUAAGCUCUCCUCCGGUCCCGCCCACCGCGGAGGUAGUGGUGGUGGUGGAGACGCAGGUUCUGCAAAGAACUCGUCCGCUGCUGGUGCCCACGGUAAUACCGUGGGUGAUGUUAUCCAUGACCAACGGAUUUACCUCUCCGAGGAACAGCUGGAGGAUCUGAAGGUGGAGACCGGAAUCAAACCUUAUACCGUGCUUCAGUUCCCUGGCGACGCAGUAUUCAUACCUUCUGGGUCCGUUCAUCAAGUGCGGAACUUGGCAAAUUGUAUCAACGUUUCCUCGGACUUCAUAUCGCCUGAGCAUAUACUCCAAUGCCUGGAGUUAACAGAGGAAUUUCGCCGAUUGCCGCGGAAUCACCCCAGCCAUGAGGACAAACUACAGGUAAAGAACAUGAUCUACCACGCCGUCAAGGAUGCGCUUUCGACGGUCCUUAAGACGACCACUACCACCUCUGCUUCCAACCACCGCCAUCCUUCCUCUCCAACGGUCACCUCCACGCCUUCGGCCCACCAACGCUGCAUGUAA